GAUUGCUAGCUAACUAGCAAGCUAACACACAGUGUCGCCAACUAGCCUCCCGCCUGCUGUACUAAUAACCAGUAAACAGUGUCCUUCUCCCAAGUCUGUCGGGCAAUUUUUUCGCACUGUUCCGUUAACGAAGGCAGGUGUUUGAAGUAUGUUUUUUAAGAUUUCGCGCACAAGAGUAAUAUAUGCACGAGUAAUGUUCAAUUAGUUUGAGUAGCUAAUCCUAGCCUCUGACUCAUAAGUACCCGGGACCAUUUCACUUUCACGCAAGCCUACAUCUGAAAGAGACAUGAUGAGAGCCAUUGCAUGAGAUUAAGAAGAUCCGCUUGAAUAAAGGAACUGUACUAUCUGAGAAUGCAGAGGAUGAGAGAGAAGACUGACAAGAUGGAGGAGAACAAAGCCACGAGGAAGCUGCGGGUGUGCGUGGCGACGUGUAACCGGGCGGACUACUCCAAGCUGGCGCCCAUCAUGUUUGGCAUCAAGGCCAACCCGGAUGAGUUUGAGCUAGAGGUGGUGGUGCUGGGAUCCCAUCUCAUUGAUGACUAUGGCAACACGUUCCGGAUGAUCGAGCAGGAUGACUUUGACAUCGGCUCCAAGCUGCACACCAUCGUGCGUGGGGAGGACGAGGCAGCCAUGGUGGAGUCAGUGGGUCUGGCGCUGGUCAAGCUGCCAGAUGUUCUCCACCGCCUUCGCCCCGACAUUCUGGUCGUCCACGGCGACCGCUUCGAUGCCCUCGCCCUGGCAACGGCUGCCGCCCUGAUGAACAUUCGCAUCCUGCACCUGGAGGGAGGAGAGGUGAGUGGCACCAUCGACGACUCCAUCCGCCACGCCAUCUCCAAGCUGGCCCACUACCACGCCUGCUGCACCCGCACCGCCGAACAGCACCUCAUCGCCAUGUGUGAGGACCACACUCGCAUCCUGUUGGCCGGCUGCCCCUCCUACGACAAGCUGCUGGCCGCCCAUCACCGUGACGACUACAUGGACAUCAUCAGGAACUGGCUCGGAGACAAUGUGAAGGAGCACGACUACAUCGUGGCCCUGCAGCACCCGGUCACCACCGACAUCAAGAACUCCGUCAAGAUCUACGAGCUGAUGUUGGACGCCCUCAUCACCUUCAACAAGAAAACACUCGUCCUCUUCCCCAACAUAGACGCAGGAAGUAAGGAGAUGGUGCGCGUGAUGAGGAAAAAGGGCGUCGAGCAGCACCCUAACUUCCGGGCGGUGAAGCACGUGCCCUUCGAGCAGUUCAUCCAGCUGGUGUGUCACGCUGGGGCCAUGAUCGGAAACAGCAGCUGUGGUGUCAGAGAGGCGGGGGCCUUCGGGACCCCCGUCAUCAACCUGGGGUCCAGGCAGACUGGGAGAGAGACUGGUGAAAACGUCCUCCAUGUCCGAGACGCAGACACUCAGAAUAAGAUCUACCAUGCCCUGGAGCUGCAGUUUGGGAAGAGAUACCCCUGCUCGAAGAUCUACGGCGACGGGAACGCAGUGCCUCGCAUCCUGAAGUUCCUGCAGACCAUCGACCUUGAUGAGCCGCUGCAGAAGACCUUCUGCUUCCCCCCCGUCAAGGAGUGGGACAUCUCCCAGGACAUCGACCACAUCCUGGAGACUCAGAGCGCCCUAGCUGUCGACCUGGGGGGGACCAACCUCCGCGUGGCCAUCGUCAGCAUGAGGGGUAAGAUAGUGAAGAAGUACACACAGGCGAACCCCAAAACUUACGAGACGAGGAUGGAGCUGAUACUGAAGAUGUGUACGGAGGCAGUCAUUGAUGCUGUUCAUCUCAACUGCCGGAUUCUGGGAGUGGGUGUGUCGACAGGGGGCAGAGUGAACCCACAGGAGGGUGUGAUCCUCCACUCCACCAAGCUGAUCCAGGAGUGGAGCUCCAUUGACAUCCGCACCCCCAUCUCUGACGCCCUCCACCUGCCCGUCUGGGUCGAUAACGACGGCAACUGUGCCGCCCUGGCAGAGAAGAAGUUUGGCCACGGUAAAGGAGUGGAGAACUUUGUCACCGUCAUCACUGGAACAGGCAUCGGCGGGGGCAUCAUCCAGCACAACGAGCUGAUCCACGGCAGUACGUUCUGCGCAGCUGAGCUGGGCCACAUUAUGGUGUCUUUGGACGGGCCGGAGUGCAUGUGUGGCAGCCGUGGUUGCAUCGAGGCCUACGCAUCAGGCAUGGCCCUGCAGAAAGAAGCCAAGAGGCUCCAUGACGAGGAACUGCUGGAGGUGGAAGGGAUGGUGGAUCUGAAGAAGGCUGAGUCCGUCAGCGCCAUCCACCUCAUCAACGCAGCCCGCCUGGGCAACCGCAAGGCUGAAGCCGUCCUCAGAACAGCUGGCAUGGCCCUUGGAGUGGGCAUCGUCAACAUCCUCCACACGGUCAACCCCUCCCUGGUCAUCCUGUCGGGGGUGCUGGCCACCCACUACCAGGCUCCUGUCCAGCAGGUCAUAGGUCAGAGAGCCCUCACCUCCGCCCAGAGCAUCCAGGUCCUGACAUCCGACCUCGAAGAGCCCGCCUUGCUGGGGGCCGCUAGCAUGGUGCUGGACUACACAACCAGGCGCAUCUAUUAAGAACAUUACGGUGGUGGACUACACAACCAGGCGCAUCUAUUAAGAACAUUGGUCAGUUGCCAAGUUCUAGUUUUCAUUUAAUUGGUCACCAAAGGAGGAGGGCCAUAUCUUGCAAUUCCCUGGUGUAGAAAGAUGAACUUGCUAUUAGCAAAUAGAAAUGGCUAAGAUCUACAGAUAGAUCCACCCAAUAGGACCUACAUCUAUACUACUAUCUGACAUGCUCUUCUAGCUAUCGCACCUUCUAUUGGACGAACCAUUGGCGAUAAUUUAUUUGUCAGACAAUGACAAGUUAUGUGUAUUUUCCAAAGGUUUCUUCAGUGAUAGACUAAUUUUCAAUGUCAACAUAUUAUCAUUUCUACAGCGGAUGAAAUGCCUAAUACAGUACUUAAAUGGUAGUACUAUUAACUACAGUACUAAAAUGGUAGUACUAUUAACUACAGUACUAAAAUAGUAGUACUGAAAUAGUAGUGUGUGUGUGUCUGAAUACAUAUAACAGCCUAUACAGUCAUGAGUACAGCCACAGUACCAGUGAAUAGCUGGGUGUGUCCAGACAAAAGAUUUCAAAAGAUGUGACCAAAUAAGGAUCAUUCGCAUUCAUUUAUGCUUGUACUACAUGGCCAUAUUUUGACCCUCAUAAUUCCAUGGUUUUUGUUACUUCUUACUUCUAAACGUAGAAGAUGUUAUUUUUUGAAGCCACGCUAUGAAAGCAGCAUGUUGCUACGAUGUAUUAACAAUAUAUGUAUUUGUCUUACCGAGCUGUAAGAGCUUCGCGCCACUAUCUUAUUUUGAACCAGUUCUGCAACCCACGUGACUGACCCAAGGCCUACCUUCUCUAGGACCACAGUUACGACCUACCCUCAAAUGUAGUGCCAAGGCCAUGUAUGUCAUAGUUGUCUUGACUGUGCUUCAAUUGAAGGUGUGCUGCCAAAUCACUUGUCUUCAUUAUCAUUCUUUUUUUGUUUUAUGCACACCUUUUUUUGCCUUGUCAUAUUUCAAGAGAUUACGGUGUACAAAUCAGUCAUGUGAUAAUCCCAUUUUGUGUAUUCCUGCUUUUGAUCAUGUCAUGGAUAGAAGUUUAUUUUACUUCACCUGGGUACUUUGUGACCUAUCAAUGCAAUGGUCAUUUUACACAUUAAAAACACUAGAAAAUG